AUGAGUAUCGAUUUUCUUACAGUGAAUAUCGGUUAUGUCACUAUGGGUGUCGGUUUUGUUGCAAUGAGUAUUAGUUAUAUCACUGGAAAGAAACCAGUAGGUGUCGCUUAUGUCACUAUGAGAUUGGUCUUGCCACCACGAGUACCGAUUUUGUCACUGUGA